AUGUAUGGGUGUAACUUAUUUAUUGAUAAAUCAUGUACAUUAAGUCACUGGUCAUUAAAUUUAACAUCAAGUCAUUCAUCAUUAUCACAUGCUGAUCGGAUGAAGAUGAUCCAUUAUGCUACACAUGAUGUUAUGGCUGUUACAUUUUUAAUACGACCAAUUACUGAAAAAUGGACAUUUGAUAAAAUUAAGAAUAGGAAAAUGAAUAAAAUGUUCGUCGUAUUUAAUUCAACUAAACUUCCACCAUUACCAACAUCAACAACAAAAAAGAAAAAAAUUAAGAGCAUCAACAUGCAAAAAUUUGCUAUAUUAUUUAGGGGUAAUGAUCCAGAUGAAGAAGAAAUUUCAUCGGAUGAUGAGAUAUACUUGAAUCAAGUAAUUGAACCAAAUGAUUUUAAACAUGAACAAGAUAAUGAUAAUAAUAAUAAUAAUAUUAAUUUAUUACAAGACCAAAUUGAACCAAUUGAUGAUGAUUAUAUACUAGUUAAUAAUAAUUUAUUAAAUGAUAAUGAAUUAAUUGUCAACAACCAUUAUAUGGUUGAUGAUGCGAAUGAUGAAGAAGAAACAGCACCAACGAAAAAACAUACCAAGAAUCAACAACGAUCCGUGCAAGCCCCGACAUAG